UCUCACCGAGAAUGGAGGAAGUUGCUCUGGAGCUCAGCGCGGAUGGCAUCCAAAAAAAAGUGCUUUCUCCUGGAAAAGGGGAAAUUCCAGAUUAUCUGGAUGGCUCCAAGGUGAAGUUUCAUUACCGCACUAGCCUGUGUGACGGUACAGUGCUGGAUGACUCCAGGACGAUGGGAGGGAAGAGUAAACCCAUGGAGCUCAUUCUGGGGAAGAAGUUUAAGCUGCCCGUGUGGGAGCGUGUGCUCAGCACCAUGAGAACGGGCGAGAUCGCGGCGUUCACCUGUGACGUCAAGCACACGGCUCUGUACCCGCUGGUGUCUCAGUCUCUGCGGAACAUUAGCAUCGGUAAAGACCCCCUCGAUGGACAGAGGCACUGCUGCGGCAUCGUCCAGGUCCACUCUCACCACUCCCACAGACAGAAAGACCUGGAACAGAUCCAGGCCAACCCUCAGCCCCUCGUCUUCACCAUGGAGCUCCUGGAGGUGCUGGCCCCAGGCUCGUUCGCUUUAGAGACGUGGGCGAUGACGGAUGAGGAGAAGCUGGCCGCUGUGCCGCAGAUCCACGAGGAAGGAAAUGCGCUCUACAAGAAAGGAGACGUGCAGGGAGCCACCGAGAAAUACUACAACGCCAUCGCAUGCCUCAAGAACCUUCAGAUGAAGGAGCAGCCGGGUGAGGAGUCGUGGAUUAAGUUGGAUAGGAUGAUCACGCCGCUGCUGCUGAAUUACUGCCAGUGUAAACUGAUCCAGGGUCAGUACUAUGAGGUGCUGGACCACUGCUCCUCUCUGCUCAACAAGUACGAAGAUAACGUGAAAGCGUACUUCAAGCGAGGAAAAGCUCACGCAGCUGUCUGGAACGAAGUUGAGGCCCGAGCUGAUUUUGAGAAGGUGCUGGCGCUGGACCCGUCUCUGGGGCCGGCCGUGAACAAAGAGAUCCGAGCGAUGGAGGAGCGUAUCCGACAGAAGGACAAAGAGGAAAAAGGACGCUACAAAAAACUCUUCACCUCCAGCAGCACCUCAGCGGCGGCGACUACGAGCUGAAACCGGCGUGGACGUCGUCUCUCGUCCCUCCUGAAGAGACGCUCCGUUACAGAGGGGCUGUAACACCUGAGCACACGAACUCUUCACCAUUUCAACACAAGCAGCUUCUGUGUUUUGUUUCACACACACACUCUCUCGCACAGUCUCUGCAGUGUAACAGUGUCCCAAACUCUAAAGUUCUGACGAGACAGUGUUAGGGACACCAGAUGUGACCUUUAGCGUUUAGCACACACCCUAGCGGUGAGGUGAGAUGCUAAUUUGAAGGAACAUGCCUUUAAUUUUACACAAAAUUUACAGGAUCGAUGUGUCAAACCCUGGUGAAAUAAAGGGACCUGGAAAUGGGACACGCCCCCCUUCAGAAAGACGAUCCGAUAUAAAAUCCUCGAGCACCUUUCUGUAGUCGGCUUCUCUUUAUCAUUAUAUUGUCUUUAUGUGCACGUCUGUUUCUUUAAAUGUGUAAACCUGUGAAUUUAAACAUAACAUAGGGUAAUGAGUAGAAUAUCAUUAUGGAAGUACGCGCACACACACCUGAAGUCGGGGUGGGCGGACGAUACGCUCGUAUAUCUACGCUGCAGGUGAACUGAAAUGCUUUAAGGAAUAUUUUUGUCAACGUGGAAUUAUUACCAAAACAAGUCCGCAUUCUUAAAAGCAUUUAUAAUUGUUCCACUACACUUCCUGUUUUUGUGUUUUUUUUUUUUUUUAUUAAAUAUUCAUCCUAACUUCAUAACGAAGACGAAUAUCACUGAAAACGUGACGUGUUUUGUUGUGAAAAUGUUAAGUAUAAAACGAUACGGUGGUGGUGAUUCUUCCUACCCCGGCUCAAAGAAUUAACCAGUGACCAUCUGCCAAGACACGAACUCCAUUUACUCCACCUGAGUGUUUGUUUGUCGCUGUAAAGGACAACGCUGCAUUUGUUAUAACAAACAAAAUAAAAAAUAAAGUAAAUCUAUUAUCGAUGUCAUUUACAAAUGA